AUGGAAGUGUUCGUAGAAUGGGCACCAAAUGUUGUACUUCUUGUUGGUGGAAUGUCGAUCGUAUGCAUAGUAAUUCAUAUUAUUCAAUCAACAAUUCGACCUCCAAAGUGCUGUAAUAACUCUUCAGGAACACUGAUAAUUGGUCUUCCACAAGUUCAUCCUCAUAAUUCGUUUCGAUAUGUUCGAUUGGAGAGUCAAAAUAUUGAAACUGACUCAUGGCAUAAGACUGCUUUCCCUGUUUAUGACGUGUAA